AUGAAGUUGCUUUCUGUUGGCUUCGGCCUGAUCCCGCUGGUGCAAGCCGGCCUCCGCUUCCCAUGCUCGACUUUGACCUUCCAGCGCCUGGACCCCGUUGUCCAGCCGGGCUCGAACCCUUCCGCCCAUCUUCACCACAUCGUCGGCGGGAAUGCCUUCAACGCCACCAUGACGGGCGACGUUGGCGAGCGAGCCACCUGCACCACCUGCCAGAUGGCCGAGGACUUCUCGAACUACUGGACUGCCGUCAUGUUCUUCAAGCAUCCCAACGGCUCGUAUCACCGCGUCCCGGUCGUGCCCGUUCAGCCGCUGCUGGGAGGCUCGAACGGUGCCCAAGGCGGCAUCACCGUCUACUAUACGCAAUAUGACUUGAUGAGGGACAACAUCCAGCAGCAGCCCAUCAAGGCGUUCCCACCGGGCUUCCGCAUGACGGUGGGCAGCCCGGGCUCGACGUCCCCCCCGCACGUCGGCCUGACUUAUCAGUGCCUGCAAGGCGGCAACAGAGGUCCGGAGAUGUCCGACUUCCCGACCAAGCCUUGCUCAGGUGGAAUCUUCACGACCCACCACUUCCCCGCCUGCUGGGACGGCAAGAGCCUGGAUAGCCCGGACCACCAGUCGCACAUGUACAACACCAUCACGAUGAACGGCUUCACCAACGCGCCGCCGUGCCCGGCCUCGCACCCCGUGCGCGUGCCGCAGGUCACGUACGAGACCACGUGGGACACGACCAAGUUCAACAGCAUGUGGCCGUCGGGCGCGCCGAACCCGUUCGUCUGGAGCUUCGAGGGCACCCGGGGCUACGGCACGCACGCCGAUUAUAUGUUCGGCUGGAAGGGCGACGCGCUGCAGCGCGCCAUGGACAAGUCCGAGUGCUUCUACGAUGGCUGCGGCGCCAUCAAGAAGCAGGCCAUGUCCAUCGCCAACCAAUGCAAGAUCAAGGACAUGGUCGGGGAGCAGACCGACGGAUGGCUCCCCGCGCUCCCGGGAAUGGCCGAGAUGAAGAAUUAG